AUGUCACCUUCGGCAAUCAGACUCAACUCUUCGGCCGCAGCUGUUGCAACACCCAAACCUGCAUUCUCAGCAGUUCAACCAGUCACAAAUUUCGCAGAAACAAUAGCCAAUCGCCCUGAUUUCGACCACUCCAACAGACCAAUCGAGAUAACCAAAUCUCCCGAUCCAAUCUGGUCGUAUGGAGAUGGCGUGCGCACUGGUCCAGUCGCCAAGCAGGUUCACAAAGAAAUCGACCCAUACUCUCCAGACAGAUCCGUCAGCCAAAACUACCGUCUUCUGAUAUCCGGUAUCGCUCCUCGUCCAGUUGGGUUCAUUAGCACAGUCUCCAAAGACGGCAAAACCAAGAAUCUCGCCCCGUUCAGCUAUUUUCAAAUGGUCGACCAUGAUCCACCAAUGUUCAUCGUCAGUUUCUCCUCUCGCAAUGGCCAAAUGAAGGAUACAUACCGAAACAUGAAAGACACGAAAGAAUGUGUUAUAAACACGGUUUCUGAAACCAUGAUAGAAGCAGUCAACGCUUCGUCUAUUGAUGCACCCUAUGGAAUUUCAGAGUGGGAUAUCACCGGUUUGACUGAAGCUGGAACGACCACAGUUAGACCAUCACGAGUGAAAGAGUCAGUGUUGUCGAUAGAAGGUAAGGUUGUCGAUGUGAAGGAGUUUGAAGGUCAUAGACCGGGUAUGAGCGGAUCUGCUAUCUUCUUGGUUGAGGCAACGAGACUUUGGGUUCGGGAAGAUGCGGCGAACGAAGACUUUAGUCAUAUUGAGCUCGAUAAGUUGAGGCCGAUUGGACAACUUGGUGGGAUGGCGUAUGGGAGGAUAACUUCUACUUUUGAUAUACCCCGGACGAGGUGGGUUGAUGAGAAGCCGAAGAGUGAGUUGUUGGCCAAGUUGGAAAAUGAGAGGUCAAAUUUAUAG